AUGUCACGAUCUCCAGGCUCCGAAUCGGAGGCUCAACAGCUUUUGGGGCUUGUUGACCUACUCCGUGAAUCUGUGCUCACCGUUACGCAACAGUGGGAAAAGGAACGUAAUACGUCUGUCACGGACAAUUCUGCGCAGCAGACAGUGCCCAGUCAGGACUUGUUCGAGGCUCAAAGAAGAAUCGAGGCCAUCGCUGGCACACUCAUAGCACUCGUGGCAGAGCCUUCUCACAGGAUCCAGCAAGUGAUGACUCUGGCUGUCCAGGCGAGAGCACUAAUUCUAGCCACUGAGAUGAAAAUUCCAGACAAGUUGACAGCCGCUGGAAAGCAAGGAAUCCACGUCAGUAUGCUGUCAGAGCGUACCGGGAUCGAGUCUCGCAAACUUGAUAACCAGCAAUGGCCUUGUGGAGGCCCUCUGACGAGUGGGGUCCUUGUCCGUACAGCUCGCCUCAUGCGAACCUUGUGUACCAUUCACAUCUUCAAUGAGCCUGAAGAGAACCGCUUCACGAACAACCGCAUUUCACAAGUAUUAGUGGACAAUGAGCCGCUGAGGGCCCUGGUGCAGUUAGCGAGCAUGCACUCAUUUACAUCUGAGUUCUUAGGUAAAUACCUUCUGGGUCCGACGGGAUCCUCUUAUGAAAAAGACGAGACAGCGUUCCAGAUUGCACUUGGCACGGACAAGACGCAGUUCGACUGGUUCGCCGAGAAAGUCACAGUUGAGGAGCUCAAACAUGGAGGUCGCGGUACUGGCUACCCGGGAUUCUUCUCCAGGCCCUCCAGGCCUGAAGACGGCAACUGGGAGGGGCCAGACUCCAACGGGUUGAUAUCCCGCCCUGAACUGGCAAACUUCGGAAAAGCGAUGAUUGGCAGCGGAUCGGUCAAUAGUCCCGCUCAUGUUCUGGACUAUCCCUGGAGCAACCUCGGAAACGGUGCCACCGUCGUGGACGUGGGUGGCGGGGUUGGAGGUUUCGCACUUCAAAUGCUGAAAGCCCACCCUCACUUGCGGUUCGUCGUGCAGGACCGUCCCGAAGUUAUCAGUCAAGGAAAGAAUGAAGUCUUUCCCACUCAUGCGCCGUGGGCAUUGAAAGAUGACCACGUCACCUUUAUGGACCACGACUUUUUCCAACCCAACCCUGUUGUUGGCGCAGACUUCUCCAUCUCCAAGAGCCUGCAACAACAGCUAAUGGUCGCAAGACAUGAUUGGUCGGAUGAGCCGUGCCUCAAAAUUCUCAAAGCUCUCAAGGUCGCCAUGAGACCCAAUUCGAGGAUCCUCCUCGCGGAUUGCGUGCUAAAUACUACUUGCGGAUCUCCAGAUGUGCCCUCGGCUCCGGAUUUGUUGCCUGCCAAUUAUGGCUAUUGGUGCCAAUACAACCAUGUGCUCGGGAUGAUUAUGAUGGCAGAGAAUAAUGGGAUCGAGAGAACUGCAUCCGAAAUCAAAGAUCUGAUCACCAGGGCUGGAUUGAGGAUCAACAAGAUUUGGCCAGUCAGAAGUCUGGUGGGCAUAGUUGAGGUAAUGCUAUAG